UGAAAAGUCACUAACACCUUUCAUAUAUCGGGCUAUUGCUGUUAGAUAUCAGUAGUGAUUUUUAUAUUCAUGGUUUUCUCUCUAGUGUCGCCAUGUCUGACUUUGAAGAUCGUGGAGGCCAUCAAGAGGAAGAAGAUGAGGAUCAGGGGGAGGGAGAAGAACGCCCCAAAUACAAGCCGGUCACACAGCUUGCUGCCCCUAAAAUACCUGAGGGGGAGAGGGUGGACUUUGAUGUAUGUUCCUUCAAGGAUAUCCAUAGGAAAAGGAUGGAGAAAGAUCUUCUGGAGCUGCAGACUCUGAUUGAUGUCCACUUUGAGCAGAGGAAGAAAGAGGAACAGGAGCUGAUUGGACUCAAAGACAGGAUUGAGAGCCGCCGGGCAGAAAGAGCUGAGCAGCAGCGUGUGAGGGCUGAAAAAGAGCGGCACAGACAGACACGGAUUGCAAAGGAGAGACAGAGGAAAGAGGACGAGGAGGCGAAGAAGAGGGCAGAGGAUGAGGCCAAGAAGAAGAAAGUGCUCUCCAACAUGGGAGCUCACUUCGGAGGCUUCCUGGCCAAGGCAGAGCAGAGGCGAGGCAAAAAGCAAACUGCGAGGGAAAUCAAGAGGAAGACUCUGGCAGAUAGACGCAAGCCACUGGCCAUUGAGACGCUGCAAGAGGACGGCCUGAGAGAGAGAGCCAAGGAGAUGUGGGAAAAAAUCUACCAGCUGGAGUCAGAGAAAUUUGACCUGACUGAAAGGACGAGGAGGCAGAAGUAUGAGAUCAACGUCCUCCGGAACAGAAUCCAACAUGCUCAGAAAUUCAAAAAGGCCCAUGGGAAGGGGAAGGUCGGCGGACGCUGGAAGUGAACUCACACUGGAGCCACGAUGAAACAAGAAGACAGUUUGCUACUUUAUGAACAAGAUUAGAGAUUGUUUGCCUGGCAUUUA